AUGAUGCUCUCUCCGGAAGAAGGCAAGAUCGAAAGGUACCUGGGAGAGUUUCCCGGGUAUCGAUUCCUGGCAAACUCGGGUAAUUGGUUCUUGGUGAUAGAUCGUGAAUCCAGUUUAUACAUCAUAGAUGUGUUUAGCAAGGGAACGAUGACCUCUCUUCCGUCUCUAGAGUCGAUUAGGUCAAGUACUAGCAUUGUCAAGCGUGUGGGUAAUACAAGUUUUAUAAGGGAAACUAGUCAAGGUAUUUUCAAGGAUCUGAGUAGAGAUAAUGUGAGGGGACUUUUGUGGGUAGACGAGAGUGGAAAAGACUAUGUUGUGGUGUGGUUCUUCGACCUCUUUGGCCAUAGUUAUAUAAGCUUUUGCAAGAAAGGGGAUUCUCACUACACUGACAUUCCUCUAAUUAACCGAGACUUCCCUUGGUCGUAUGGCUUUUCUGAAAUGGUACUACGGGGUUACCAUCUUUAUCUCUACACAAGUCGUUGUUAUGUUCGUCUUCUAGAUUUGUCUGGACGUGAAGGUUUCAGGGACAUCACCGAGGGUAGACCAUUCCCAAUGCUUUCUUGUCAUGUUUCAUGCGAUUCGAGCAUUGCCGUGACGACAUCAGGAGAGGUUUUGUUGGUUGAGAGUGAUCCAUGCAAUAGGAGCUUCUUCCGCAUCUACAAGAAGGAUACUAGUCUGGUAGACCCAGAUGCCAUCGCCCACACGGUUCUCGAGGUAGAUUCUCUUGGUGGUGAGGCCCUGCUUCUUGACUUGGGUUUCACUGUGCCUGCUAACCAUGCCCUUGGUAUCGAACCAGAUUCCAUCUAUUUCACCCGUCACUUCCGUCCCUGCCAAUGCAGAGAUCGAGACCUUGACAUCUGUGUGUACAAUCUUGCAACCAAGACCAUCAAACGCUUUCAAUUUGGCGACAUGAAAAUCAUGGAUGCUCGAUGGUUUUUCCCUGUGAAUUAG